ACGCCUGCCGCGUGUCCUGCGUACGGUGGGCUGUGUUUCCGGCCUGAGAAGCCUUCGGGUUUCUGGGGCGACGCCUCAGCUAGCAGUUACAGCCGAGCUAGAAGCUUGCGGACCAACUACCUCCAUCUCCAGCGUCACCAUGGGGGCUGUGCUGGGCGUCUUCUCCUUCGCCAGCUGGGUUCCAUGCCUCUGUGGCAGUGCAUCAUGCUUGCUGUGUAGUUGCUGUCCCAACAGUAAGAAUUCCACUGUGACUCGAUUCAUCUAUGCUGCAAUUCUCUUCCUGGGCACAGCUGUGUCCUAUAUCAUGCAGAUAAAAAGUAUAGAAACUGAGCUGAAGAAAAUUCCUGGAUUCUGUGAAGGGGGAUUUAAAAUCAAAGUGGCUGAUUUAAAGGUGGAUAAAGAUUGUGAUGUGCUGGUUGGUUAUAAAGCCAUAUAUCGGAUCAAUUUUGCAUUGGCCAUCUUUUUCUUUGCUUUGUGUUUACUCAUGUUAAAAGUAAAAACAAGUAAAGACCCCAGAGCAGCAAUACACAACGGGUUUUGGUUCUUCAAAAUUGCUGCCCUUAUUGGUAUCAUGGUUGGAUCUUUCUACAUCCCUGAGGGCUAUUUCACCUCAGUCUUGUUUGUUGUUGGCCUGAUAGGAGCCGCUUUAUUCAUCCUCAUCCAGCUGGUACUCUUGGUAGACUUGGCUCACUCUUGGAAUGAGGCAUGGGUGAAUAAAAUGGAAGAAGGAAACCCCAGAGUCUGGAAUGCUGCUUUACUAUGUGUUACAAGCUUGUUUUAUAUCUUGUCAAUCGUCUCUGUUGGGCUGCUCUUUGCAUACUACACCAAACCAGAUGGCUGCACAGAAAACAAGUUCUUCAUCAGCAUUAAUCUGAUCCUUUGCAUUGUGGUUUCUUUUAUCUCCAUACUCUCAAAAGUUCAGGAACACCAGCCUCGUUCUGGCCUCCUGCAGUCCUCUAUCAUCACGCUGUACACCCUGUACCUCACGUGGUCAGCCAUGACCAAUGAACCUGACCGUUCCUGCAACCCCACCCUCUUGAGCAUCAUUACACACAUCGCUGCACCGACUGUGGCUCCUACAAACACAACUGCUGUGGUCCCCACCUCAGCUCCGCCAUCAGGGAAUGGGCACUCUCUGGACUCAGAGAGUGUGUUGGGAGUAAUUGUCUUUGUUAUCUGCCUUGUGUAUUCUAGCAUCCGCACUUCCAACCACAGCCAAGCAAAGAAGCUGACCCUCUCGGGGAGUGACAGCGUGAUCCUUGGUGACACAACUGCCAGUGGAGGUGGUGACGAAGAGGAUGGGCAGCCUCAACGGGUUGUGGACAAUGAGAAAGAAGGAGUACAGUACAACUACUCCAUGUGCCACCUGAUGUUCUGCUUGGCUUCCUUGUAUAUCAUGAUGACCCUGACCAACUGGUACAGCCCUGAUGCCAAGUUCCAGACCGUGUCCAACAAGUGGCCGGCCGUGUGGGUCAAGAUUAGUUCCAGCUGGAUGUGCCUCCUCCUCUAUGUCUGGACCCUCGUUGCUCCACUCGUCCUCACCAAUCGGGACUUCAGCUGAGCUCUGGUUCCCAAGGACUGCUGAUGCUGAAGUUCAUAAAGGUCACCUUUGCUGAAAACUCUUGUCCUUUUUUUUUUUUUUUUUUUUUUUUUUCUUUUCUUUUUGUACCAGGGAUU